ACACUUACCCAAUCCGGCCUCUACAGCCAGUGCAGUUUGUGUGCAGUCCUGCACUCAGGUGGAAACUUCAAAGCACGUACGCCACACUCUCACAGCAACAGACACAGAGCAGACUAAGGCAGGAUGAACCCAGGCAUGGUGCAGUAUUCCGGAGUGAAGUGCAAUGAUGACAUCCGUAGUGUCCUCACAGACGACAACUAUUUCUCCAAGAAGAAACGAUAUGUAAGAAAAGAUGGGAGCUGCAACAUGGUGGUGCAACACGUUCCAGAGAAUUGGCUUCUCUGGGUCACUGACAUCUUCACCACCCUGGUGGAGAUCCGCUGGAGGGUCAUGUUCUUGACAUUUGCUCUCUCCUACAUUUUAUCAUGGCUCUUUUUUGGAAUUUUGUUCUGGAUCAUUGCGCUGGCCCACGGCGAUAUGAAAGACCCCAACAAUGAGCCAUGCGUUUAUGAGGUUCGAAGUUUUACAGCUGCUUUUCUAUUCUCAUUAGAGACCCAAACCACCAUUGGUUACGGCUUUCGGGGCAUGUCGGAGAACUGCAUGAUCGCCAUCAUCGUAGUUACCAUCCAAGAUGUCAUCAGUGUCUUCAUUGACACUUUUGUCAUCGGCAUUGCCGUCGCCAAGAUGGCAUCUGCCCGUAAGAGAGCCCAAACAGUUGGGUUCAGCAAUUGUGCAGUGAUCAGCUUACGUGAUGGUCACCUAUGCCUGUCGUGGCGGGUCGGGGACUUCCGAAGGAACCACAUGGUAGAAGGGACAGCUCAUGCACAGCUGGUACAGCACCUGGCACACAGCACAGGGAAAGUUGAUGUUACAUACAAAGACCUCAACAUUGAAGAGAACAACAUAAUCCUGGCCACCCCAACAACCAUAGUUCAUAAAAUCAGUCCUGGCAGUCCUCUAUACAAGGUGAGCUUGCAGGACCUGAGGAAGGAGAGCUUUGAGCUGGUGGUCUCUUUCACCUACACAGACGACUGCACGGGCAUCCUUCACCAGACACGCACAUCCUACACUCCAAGCGAGAUUCUGUGGGGCCAGCACUUUCAAGAGAUGAUCAGGGUCACCCGCAAGAACUACAGAGUGGACUACGCCCUGUUCAACCACACAGUUAAAGUCCUGGUCCCAGAAUUAAGCGCAGAGGAGUAUGACCUAAAGAAGUACUCUCAACAGCCAAAACACAAACCACUCCACAUAAGUUCUCCAACGGCAGCUGUGGAAUUGGUUAAUGGGAAUAGUCUUGAGGCAGAAAAAGCAUCCACAAGCAGUGCUGUCCAAGAACACGAGCUUUAACAGUGGCCUUGAUACAUCCUGACUCUGCUAUAGCACUUUGAAACGAGGCUUCCUCAAAGGCAUCACUAGUGUAAGAAAUAGGGCACUUAUAUAUUAGAUCUAGACUUACAGGUGUGCUGUCUGUCAGUUAAAAGAAAGAUCUUAAAAGGCCCUUUUAAUAGUAUCCUGGACAAAUAAUGGAAUAUCACAUUAAAGCCGUGUAGGUACUUUGGCUUUGACGAGAAACCAUUUAGAGCACUACUUUUAAAGUAAU